AUGCGUUCAUCAAGACAUGCACCACCGAACUCCGGUUUGCAAUUUCGAACAUCUGUGGAUGCGAAUCGAUUUCUUGGCAGCAGUCAGCAAAAGAGUAACGCAAACGACUGGCUCCAGAGAAAGUCAAACGCUGACACGAAUCAGCUUCAUGGUAAGAAUCAGCUUCUGGUCAGCAUCUACACAUGGUAUCUCAUCGCUCUACCGUUUCCUCGUCAACCCUUCCGCAUGAAAGAAAGCCUCCCAGUGCGAAUUGUGCGCUGGCUGUUGAACAAGUCCCCAUUUCUGCAUCUCAAGCCUCACAUCCAUGUUGAUCGGUCGACUAGAGAUCUGGAUGUUUCGUUCAGUGGGAGUGCUAAGAUCAAGAUCACGGUGAGACGCCACGUACAAUCUUCGAGUGUCUGCUUCCCACAAGAUGUUUCGCAGGGCGCAAUCGUAGGGGUCGAAGCCCAGGCUCCAGACAUGUCUGGUUCGAUGAGGAUGCGUGUCGCACCGGAUCGCAGGCGUGAAAGCGUCUCGGAUCUCCUCCCUCUGUGCGUCUUCCAUACUCCAGAACUUGAGAUCCAUCAGAUGCUGGCCCGGCAUGAGAGUCAUGACGAUGUAGGCGAUGUAGCCUCCCGGCAUAGGUCCACGUCCAUCCUGCACGACGGUCUUCCAUGCAAUGAGAUGCGGGAGGCCUGGCGACUUGGUAUCGGCGAACGUUUGCAAAGCCUUGAGCUCGUCUUUGGUAUGCUCGCCGGGGCCCGGGAUGGGCGUCGUCAGGCCGCCUGCCAGGACGGAUGGAGCUCUGGGCGGGGUGGAUCAUACUGUAUGGCGACACAUCACGAAGAGCGCAUCGGUGCCAGCCUCAUUCGACGCAUCAGGCUGUAUCCGCCGGCAUAUUCUGUUAUCGGCCGCACGCGCUCAAAGGCGGCGCCAAGCUCGGGAAAGUCCACAAUGCGCUCCAACAGCCUGUCCGCAUCGUCAAGGGUCAGGCCGUGGUUCAUCUUGGUCGGGCUGGAUGGUAUUCAUGUUGCGGCGAUGGAGUUCGUGGGUGGAGUUCUUUGCGGUGACGUCGCAGGCUCGGAUGAGUGGAGGAGUGGAGGGAUUUCGAACGACGGCUAUUCUAGACCUGGCGGCAAAGUCUUCGAUCGUUAUACAUCUCGCAAUGAAGCAUUCGAUCAAUUCCCUUCCAUUCUAGCGCCUGCGCUUUCGAUUACUCAUAAGCUGUUAUACUGAUACAUAACAAUAACGUCCAUCUAUAUCUAUACUCUUGGGUAUCCUGUUCUUCGAUUUCGGGAAAUGAUUACCAUGUAUACGGCGUAAUGCCAGUCGGUCGUGCAGUCGAGCUUAAGCCAGACGGGAUUGGCUUGGGAUGCGGCCAGCUGCCAGUUGGGUAUGGGUAGCCUCCAGUCGGGUAAGCGCCGGUUGGAUGAGGCUUGCCACUGCUUGGCUUUGGGUUUGGGUUUGGGUAUGGUGGUGGGAGUGGGUGCUUGGUGGUGGGAGAAGCAGUUGGUGCUGGGUAUGUGAGUGUCAAAGUCGUAGUGUAGCCGUAGGCGAGUGUGACGGUGACGGUCUCGGUGUGCUGUGGCUGACUUGGGUAUUGAGGAGCUGGCGAUGGGGCGGUGAUGUACUUUGUCACUGUGACUUGCGGUGGGCAGACUGGUGCUGCUGGGUAGGAGUGAUGCGGCGGCUGCGCUGGUGGGGAAGGCUGGAUUGGGUUGACGGGAGGGGUGGGGACUGUAACGAGAGUUGAAGUCGCCAGGUAGGUAGUGGUGAUGUAUUUGGUCGACAAAGAUGUGCUCCACCAGGUCUGGUCGUGCGAGGUGACUUGGGUACUGCAAGGCACGAGCUUCGUGAUCGUCUUGGUGACGGGUACGGUGAUUGUCGUUGUGAGGUGUAUCGUGGGCGUGGCCGAGGCGGACUUGGUCGUGGUUGCUGGGGGCGGGAGAGCAUAUCCGCUGCCUGUUGGAUAUGGCGGCUUCGGGUGAUCGCCAGUGCCAUGAGGAGGCUUUGGCCAGCCCCCAGUCGGGUAGGGAUGUGGGUGAGGCUCUGGAUGUCCGCCUGUGGGAUAAGGAUGAAGGAUGCUUUUGGAGGUAGAGCUGGUGGUUUGCGAGCCCGACCGAGAAGUGGAGCAGCUGGUUGUACUCGGUGCUGGAAGACUGCUGCUGCUGCUGCUGCUCGAUGGCCAUGUUCCGUUUGAUCCGUAGUAGCCUGGCAUGGCAGAUGCUGCGCCAAGAAGCGCGAGAAAAGCGAAAGUGGAAUACAUUGUGCCGUGUUUCUCAAGCGAUUUGGAAGAGCGUAAGAAAAGCGAAAGUAUUGCUGUAGCGUAGAUGUUUGACGAGCGAGGGAAUCGUUAGGACAAGCGAAUGUGAUAGCGACCCAGACACAAGGAAACAAGGAAAUAGGGAAAUAGGAGACUGGGAGAAGGUGUU